CGAGAGACGUAGUUUAAACUUUGUACUGCUGUAGAAGUUUGACUAUUUGCUGAUGACCUUCAGCUCUUGCGAAACUCAUGGCUGUACGUCCAUCCUGAGAGCACUAAACCCUCGAUGCAAAUGGGUGCUGACGUCAGCAGUCUAGCCUGCAGUAGGUGCACUCUACACAUGUGCCGAGAGACAGCACUGCUAAUUGAUGGGCGUGGCCAUGCUGGGUAGGCACACAGCAGAGUCA